UGUGAGUUGAGAUGUGGCGGACGUGUUGGGUUUGGCUGCUAUUGAGCGUGACGGGCGCUUUGGCUGUCUGCGACUUGCUUGUGGGGGAGCCGAGGCCGAUCGUGGUGAAAAAGUUCGGCAGCAAAACGGCUGUGGUGAAGCACACAUUGACAAACAUCCAGUUGUCACCAAACGAGUCGAUCACCAUCCAUUGUCCCACAGGCAUCAGCAUCUCUCAGUAUAGUGGCCAGCCGAUCAAGGUAUAUGCGGAUACAACGGAGCUGCUGUGUAGUGAGAAUGGCAUCUAUUUGGACGAUCGCCAGAUAAUAGAGCAGCACAGAAGCGCUUCAGUCGCGUGCAGCGCCGGCUUCACUCAAACCCUAUAUGAAAGCAAUCGCAGUCUCAGCGGCUGCGCUGCCGACGCAAUGACUCUGAUCAUCGGCUACAAGCUUAAUGGACUGCCGGAUGUUAAAAAGUUGGGUGUGUGCUUCGAUCUGGCCUCCUCGCGGCUGCUAUUCAUCAGCUACUUGGCGUAUGCACCGCGUAAUGUGCUGCUUGAGAGGCAGACGGGCCAGGAGUUGGACGGACUCAAGCUGGACACUUAUCUGGGCAGCUUAAGCAAAUACUUUAGUUUUCCCACCAAGACGGACUUCCAGCAAAUGAUCGAUCGACAACAGCAGCUGGGCGCGCUGUACGACGGAAAAUUGUUUGAAUACGACAGCCUGCUGCAGGAUGCCCCGCUGAACAAAGAACUAAGUAGCUAUAGCGAUAUGCUGAGCAUUGUAUGGAUGCGCGCGCUGCGCACGGGCAACUGGCUGAACUGGCUGAACGCUUUACGCGUUGCCAGCAACCAUGCAGAUGAUGCUGUUUACAGAGGGCAGUUUGAUGUGCGCUUAGGCCUUUCGGGCGUGGCAACGCUGCCCAUUGCCGAAAGUUGCAAUGCCACUCGUCCGUUGCUGCUGCUGGAUAGCGCAGGCAAUGCACCUUUGCCUGUGCCGGAGCACAUCUGGGCGCAUGUUCGAGCGCUCCAGCCAACGGGCACUGUCGCUGAUGAGUUUGUUGUUGUCGCGCACAAUUCACCAUACUACACUGUGCCGGAGCUUGGCUCGUUUUGUGCGGACAUUUGCGCCGAGAUACCCUGGCUGAGGGAGAGCCUCUUUGGUCAGCUGCAUUUGGUACCCCAAUAUGGCGUCGUCCACUGCUGUCGCAUGGACCAGCUACAAAAGCUAACUGACUUCUCGUUUCAAAAAGCAGCGACGCCGAAGUCAACGUCGUCGAAUACAAGCAGCACAGCUUAGAAAACGGUAAAUAACUACAAAGCGAAGAGCAAAUUUACGCCGCGCCCGAUCAUGCAUCGUGCUCUCUGCUGUGUCUAAAAAUAACUUUACUAACCUUCGCUUUGUGUCUUUUCUAUCGCAGCUUCGCGCUUGAAAGCUGCUUAUCUGCUUGAAUGCCAAUAUUUAUAGAGCUUUUAAUAUAUAAUAUAAUAAUAAGCAGAAACAAUUUAUUAUGAAGCCAUACAAAUUAAA